GCACUUGAAGGAAGUCUGAAAAAACCUCCAAAAUCGCCUCCCAUGGAUGUCAAAGUAGAAACUCCAGCAUCUCCACCAACCAGCGGUGGCGAUGCAAAAACUCCCCUUUUAGCCUCCCAAAAACCAGAUUCAACCACCACUCCCCAAACCAAUCAAAACACUUCAAUCCGGCAAGCAAUCUGUUCAACAUUCAAGGGCACAGCCUACCUCGCUAGCCGUCUUCCUGCAGGAACAGUCCUUGCUUUUCGGCUCUUAUCUCCAAUACUUUCCAAUCAAGGCGAUUGCGACGUAGCUUUCAAAACCAUGACAGCUGUUCUCUUGGCUCUGUGUGCGCUUUCGUGCUUCAUUCUUAGCUUUACAGACAGUUUCAAGGAUGGAAAGGGUAACGUUUUCUUCGGUUUUGCGACAUUCAAGGGCUUCUAUCCUAUUGAUAGAACUGUGACCAUUUCCCCUGAAGAAGCUGCAAAGAAAAAGAUAGGUCCAUUGGAUUUCUUGCAUGGGUUUUUGUCACUGUUGGUUUUUGCGUCUAUUGCACUUCUUGACAAAAAUAUUGUUGACUGCUUUUAUCCCACGCCUUCAGUUGAAAUCAAAGAGAUCAUUUCGGUGUUGCCUGUUGCAAAUGGGGUGGUCUGCAGUAUUUUAUUUGUUGCAUUUCCCACACAAAGGCAUGGAAUUGGCUUUGGUGCUGACCCAGAUGGUGUCAAAUCUUCGUAAACAAACAGAUUGGCUUCGGGAAAUUUGCCUAGAUUAUUGUUUUCCAUUUCAAUUAUAUCUCCAAUUAUUAUUGUCAAUAUGUUUUUGAAUGAUGAAUAAAUGUUGCUCUCCACAAUU